CGACUGUGAGACAUUCUACCAGGCCAGGCCGUUUCGGGCGAUAGCUGCUGGAAUCCUGCCGUCGGUUCAACUUGUAGUAACCUACAAGCGGGAUACUACUACUGUGUUGCUACCAAGACUGUCCAUGCCAUGCCUAGCACCAUCUCCACGUGUAAGAAGUGGCACUUGGUUGCCAGUGGUGACAGCUGUUGGUCUAUUGAGCAGCAGUACGGCAUUACUGCUACCCAGUUUGGGGCCUGGAAUCCGUAUGUUGGGACCUCUUGUGCAUCUCUCUGGCUAGGUUACUAUGUUUGUGUCGGUGUUCAAAUACGACCACUUUAUUGGACGGCAUGUAACAAAUAGCCUUGAGGAUUUUUUUGUAACGAGGAGGAGA